UGCAAAUUGUAAGUACCAAUAAUUCAAGUGAAAAAAGAAAAGUUAAUAGACAAUCCGCAUGCUUAAAAAUAAAAAUCUAUAACAACGAUCCUUGUAAGGAGAUAAGGGAAAAUGGCCAACAUGAAUACCACCUUUGUACUUCUUAAUCUUCUUUACCUUCUUUUGAUAACCGAAUCUAUUUCACUUGAAGCUGUACCAUCCAAUUCUAUUGCUGCAAAUGCCAACGUGCGUUGCAUUGAGAUAGAGAGAGUAGCCCUUCAAAAAUUCAGAAAAGGUCUUAAGGAUCCAUUCAAUAGGCUUUCUUCUUGGGUGGGUCAAGAUUGUUGCAAUUGGGAAGGCAUAGGUUGUAGCAAUCAAACGAGCAACGUAGUAAAGAUUGAUCUUGGAAGCUCAAAUCUAUGUGGUUUUGAAGGAGGAAGCCAAUAUACUCCUGAUCAGCAUAAUUGUUUGAGUGGUAAGUUAGAUCCUUCUUUACAUAAUCUGAAAUAUUUGAGUUACUUAAACCUAAGCAACAUCAAUUUCCAAGGAGUAUCAUUCCCAUAUUUCCAUGGCUCUCUCAAGAAGUUGACAUACCUUGACCUUUCCUUUACAAUGUUUUCUGGAUUAGUGUCUCCCAGUCUUGGAAAUUUAACAAAUUUGAGAUAUCUUAAUCUCGUUCCCUCUCAAUUUUCUGACAGAACUCUUUCGGUUUCAAAUAUAUAUUGGCUCACCAAUCUCUCUUCCUUACAAUACUUGAAUUUGCAAAACAUAGUCCUUAGCAAAGCAGAAACUCAUUGGCUGCAAGUUGUCAAUAUGCUUCCGUCACUAUCAGAGUUGUAUCUGUCAAGUUGUGGUCUUCAUCAUCUCCCUCAAACUCUUCCAUUUGUGAAUUUUACGUCCCAUUCGGUCCUUGAUCUCUCAAAUAAUGGCUUCAACUCUUCUUCUAUUCCCCCCAUGGUUGAGUGGGUAGAUCUAAGUUACAAUAAUUUAACUGGUUCACUCCCAAUGUGGCCUAGUGUGCAAUAUCUCUUAUUGAGGAAAAAUCUUCUUUCUGGACCAUUACCAGUAAACAUCUUCCAACGUAUGACAAAUUUGGUCGCCCUAGAUCUUGCAGGAAACUUUCUAAAUGGUAGGAUCCCCUCAUUGACCAGUGGGCCGACAGGUUUGUGGUCUGUUGAUUUAUCGAACAAUCUUUUAUCUGGAAACAUCCCCAGGCAUUGGAUGAGUAUGCAAAAAUUAGAGGCCAUUGAUCUGUCGCGAAACAAUCUAUUGGGUUACAUCCCAACCUCAUUGUGCUCACUACCUACUCUUAAUUGGCUGCAACUAAGCUACAACAAUUUUUCUGGAGAUCACUUUUCCACCUUGCAAAACUGCUCAAGCUUAUAUGCACUUGAUGUUGGAGGUAAUAGAUUCUCAGGGACUUUGCCAAAAUGGAUUGGAAAAAGGCUACCUUCAAUAUCAGAAUUGCGCCUACGAGGAAACAUGCUCUCAGGACCCAUUUUGGAACAAUUGUGUUUUCUCGCUCGUCUACAUGUUUUGGACUUUGCACAUAAUAAUUUUUCAGGAUCUAUCCCUACUUGUUUGGGCAAUUUGGCUGGUUUGAAAUCUUUGGUCGAAUAUUCUACAUCACCAAUCCAACGUCAUCUUCCACUAACCUACUUGGAGCAUAUGGAUUUAACUGCAAAGGGUGCCCAACGUGAAUAUUACAGCCAAAUUUUCUUGAUGAAUAGUAUAGAUCUUUCAAGAAACAAUCUAACCGGAGAGAUUCCAAAAGCACUAACAAAGCUCUCAUUACUAUCUACCUUAAAUUUGUCAUGGAAUCAAUUGACCAGAAAGAUACCAGAGAAUAUAGGAGCAUUGCAUAAUUUAGAAACUCUUGACCUCUCAUGCAACCAUCUUUCAGGUCUCAUUCCUCCAAGUAUGCCUUCUUUGACUUUUUUAAGUCAUUUGAACUUGUCAUAUAACAACUUGUCUGGACCUAUUCCAUCAGCCAACCAAUUUCUAACCUUCUUUGAUCUGUCCAUUUAUGAGGGUAACCCAAAACUUUAUGGGCCUCCAUUGAUAACAAAUUGCUCAUUAUUGCCAAGUGAUGGGGAUACAGAAGCUGUAAAUGAAGACAAUGAGGAAUUCAGGUUUGAAAAGUUAUGGUUCUAUGUAAGUGUUGUAUUGGGGUUCAUUUUGGGAUUUUGGAUUGUUUGCGGUAGUUUGGUAAUAAAGAAGUCUUGGAGACAUGCUUACUUCCAUUUUGUUGAUGAAAAGAAAGAUAUGCUUUUUGUGGCUAUCAAAGUUAAUAUGGCUCGUUUGCAAGGGAAGAUUGAAGCAUAGAGAUGCAAAGAUUGAAGUUGUGCUUCAUUAUCAUGUGGAAGUCCCAGUACUUGCAAAUCCUAUGAUUUAUAGUAUGUGUUUCUUCAAUUCAUGCACGUGGAGAAGUACUCUGAUAGAGAUUAAGUUAUGUUAGUUUGUUUGUUGUAACAUAGAUAGUUGUGUAGUUGUAUCAAUGGAAAAGCUCAGGCGUGGUAUUUUGAUUAGUAUAAAUAGAUAGCUCACUAUAAUUAAUGAAGAGUAAUUAGUAAAUAGAUAGCUCACUAUAAUUAAUGAAGAGUAAUUAGUUGUAUAAUUUUUCUCA